UCAAGACAGCUAUAGCCUAUAAACAGGAGGGGUAUUAGUAAACGAUUUCACAAAUUCUUGUGUGAGACGGUCUCACCGUGAGACGUUUCCCAUACACGCGUUAAAUAGUCUGCGAUUUUACAAAUUCUUGUGUGAGACGUCUUGUGUGAGACGGUACCGUGAGAUGUUUCCCAUACAUGGGUUAAAUAGCCAAUUAAUACAAUUAUUAGCAUAUGGGCUUCUUGUUUUGAGGUCAACUCACAGAGAGACAAUCUCUCUCAAAAGUAGCUCAAUGAUUUUGGGUUCCGGUUAUAUUCAAUUAGGCCGAACAAUGCUUGUUCAAGGCCCUCUAGUCUUAAGACUUAGUUUCUAGUUAACCCUAGGUUAAGGAAUAUGGUUCACAUGUUUUUGUGGGGACAAAUAUAUUUAAUAUCCAUGUACUAUUCUUAUGGAUUACUAUACCAUGUUGAUCUUUUUUGUAGGGACAAAUAAUUCCUUAUCCAUAGCUGAUUAUAUUUUGUGGUAUUUUUUGCCUUCUUUUAACAGAUAUUUUGCUCCUUAAAGUGAAAGUACUCUGUAAUCUUCUCUAAGAAAACUCUUCCUUUGAAAACCUUGCAAAACCUCCAGGUUUGAAAAACAGUGCGAGGCGAGCAUUCUUAACAUUUUUGUCGUUCUUAUGCUUAUAAUCUCGUCAUGGCAGCAAUUUUCACGAGCAACUGUCUGGUUGGCAAAAACCAUGUAAUCAAAAAGCAUAAAAAUACAAGCAUUCCCGGAAGUUUGAUCCCCUUCUCUUUACAAACUAGUAAGCCUUCGGGGGAAGAAGAUUUAAGUGCAACGACAAGAAAGGGUGAGAAGCCAUUGUCGGGUAUUCAAGCGUUAAGCAAAGUAUCCGAAUUGGGUAAAAGAUUGCAGAAGAAUUUGAGUCCGAAACAGAAAGGUGACUGGAAAGAUGUUGUGCUAAUGAGCUUGUCUUUUGGUGUUUAUGUCUACAUUUCUCAGAAGAUUGUUUGUGCUUAUUGUGCUUGGAUGUCUAUGCUCAAAUAGUCCUGCUAGUAAUAGGAGAUUAUUUCAAUUGUGCUGUAUAUAUAUUUUUAAGAUGACUCUAGUGUGUGUAAUUUACCCGCUAUUCGGGACGAGUAUUUUAUUAAUAAAGCAAGCUAUGAGUGA